UCAAGCAGCGAGUUACCAGGAAUUCAUGCCAAAAACUAAUCGGUGCUAAAUUCCAAAAAGGCGGAUACAGUUUCCUGCGAAUGAUUCGGACGAUAUGACAGCACAUUAUGACUGGCAAGCAAGGAAAACGCUAGCUGAAUGUAACCGACACAUGCUAACCAACGAGAUAGCCUUCGAUGUCUACUUUCUGGUGGGAGAGAAACGUCAAGUUGUUGGAGCACAUCGCUAUGUUCUUGUUAGCCGUAGCUGUGUUUUCUACGCUAUGUUAAUUGGACCAAUGGCAGCGAAGACAGACGAGAAAAUAGCCAUUCCCGACAUAGAAUGUGAUAUAUUUCAACAUAUGCUAGAGUACAUAUAUUGCGAGGAUACUAAAGUAGAGGCAAAGAACGCUAUACAAAUUUUGUAUUCAGCCCGGAAAUAUGGUAUAACAGGACUGGAAGAAAAAUGUAGACGUGUGUUAGAACAUGGAUUAAAUACACAUAAUGUAUGUGAUAUUCUCCAAGAAGCCCACAAAUUUGAUGAAUCGACUUUGAAAAAGAAAUGCUUGGAAUAUAUUUGGCAUCAACCGAAGGAAAUCUUACGUUCAGGUAGUUUCGGUAAUCUACAUGCAUCUCUAGUCAAGGAAAUAAUUAAAUCCGAAAAACUCGAUGCUAAAGAGGAAGUGGUGUUCGAUGCAGCUCUGCGGUGGUCCGAACAAGAGUGCUUAAGAAACGGUGUCAUUGUAUCACCGCAAAAUCAGCGUCAUUAUUUAGGGGGGAUCUUGUACUACAUUCGUGUUCCUGUUUUAGAAGCAAGUUAUUACCAUAAAACUGUGGUUAAGUCUGAUAUUCUAUCGGCAGAAGAGAGAAAGAUCUUGCAGAAUUAUUUUAGUGGCACUAAUACAGAUGUGAAGAAAUUUAGGACAGAUAAAAGGUCAAAGGGCGAGAAUCAAACCCUUCAUUGGCGGUUCGGUCCGGUAAACUGUAUGCACAAUGAGACUACCGCUAUUGCAUUUUCAUCUUCCAGAGAAGUGUUCAUAGAUGGGGUUGAAAUAGACGGAACCGGAUAUGACGAGGAACACUAUGACGUAUUCUUGAAUAUUUACGACAUGGACAAUCAAGAAAAGGCCAAAUGCAAAGAUAAACUUGUGAUAAAUAAAAAGCAGCAAUCAUAUCAAAUUAAGUUCCCUGCACCACCAGUAGUUUCUAAAGGUUUUACGUACACAGUUAUUCUCAAAAUACAAGCGGAACACAGAUAUUAUGGAGCUAGUGGGCGAUCUAAUUUGAAUAAAACUGACUCUCAGCCAGCUUAUAUAAACCCUGAAGGUGAAUUUACAAAACUUGUUGUAAAAAAGGACCAAGUUCCGGCAAUACUUGUUCGCCCAUUUUUGGAUAUUUCCUGAUUUUUUUUUCUUUCAAAAUCUCGAAUUGAGAAUAGUGUUAGCAAAACACGAAGUUUUCAGUCACGCAAUGUUGUUCUACACAAAAAGUAAGGAAAAAGUUCAUCCACUUGCAAUCAGCAGCAUAUGUUUAUUUUGAAUAGAACUUUUUAAAAAUCAUCAAUGUUUUGCACAGUAUUUAUACUUUUAAAUAUAUUAUAUAUAUAUA